AUGGAUAUCAGUUUUAAUGAAAGUGGCGCGGACAUACAGACAAACCAAGAUACAGGUGACCAACUGUUAAGUGAACAAGCUCGCGUCAUUAUUGAAACAGUCAACUACGUUUUCCUCUGUAACAUCUUCGCUCUGUUCGGCAUCGUGGGAAACAACAUCAACAUCAUCGUCUUCUACAAGCAGGGUCUGACCAGCAGCAUCAACAUCAGUUUCUUAAGCCUGGCCAUCUCAGACCUCUGUAGUCUUGUGGCUCUACUUUGGUUCAACGUCUUAGCUAACCCGCUAUUUAAAAACGCAGAUAUUCCGAUGGUGCCUUCAGAGUUUGAGCACCUGACCGGUGGGUCUCCUCACUCCUGUUUUGCCCGCAUCACCUGUAUGAUCACCGCGUAA